AUUUUUUUGUACUGGGGAAGCCAGUACAAAGAGCAUGAACUAGUGGGAAGAGCUAACAUUUGGGCCCCUUGCAAAGGGAGGAAACGUGCCAGAAUUUGUCAGUGAAACUGUGUUACCAUUGGUUCUGCUGAUAAGAGCAUCCAGCUGGAAUAUGUACAUAAGCACAGACUUGCAGCAGCUCUUAAUUCUCAUUGUGAAGUUUUCGCACUUGGAUCUCUUCUCCAAGCAGGGCUGAAUGAAACAAUUGAACAUGUACUCACCACUGCCCAUGACCUUCUUGGCUUUCUUUGGCUUCCUCCUGCAUCCGGAAUCAGAAGGUCACUUGAUGUCCCCAAGAGAUAAUGAUGCUGAAAUCCACCCAUUGACUUCUGGCUCCAUCCAGGGGCCGCUUCAUACCUUCUUUAGAUCUAUGUCGUCCAAAUCCCUCCAAUUCCAGUUGCGGAAAAAGGGUGUUUCCUGCCAAGACUUGAUGCCUGAGGCUCUAGGAAAUUUUGCCAAUGUGCCAUGGAAAUCCCAGAUCCUCAUUCGAGCUUCGCUGGCACUUGCCUUGCAAACUGCAGGCUGCAACUGGCAUGCAGAAAUCUUGGUCCUUCAACUCUACAAAGAUCUGGGACAGGCACACACUGAUGCCCUCCUAUUCACCAUGGUAGAGGCUCUGGACACAUCUAACCACCCUGAGAAGAAUCGUAGUAGCACUGCCGCCUUACAGUUCAAUUUAGACCAGUUGGCACCCACCAAAACGUGGCGCUGCAGAGGUCUGAUGCAAGUGAAUGAUGCUCUUCUGCAUGGCCAGGUGCACAGCACCCACAGAAAGUUUCUGGCUGCUGCAGUAGCUUGUCAACACCUGGGUGACUCUUGUGCUGGGGUGUCCAUCAAUGGCACCAGUUCCUUCCAAGUGGUGGAACGAAAUGGCAGCUACUACCUACCACAUCCUGGUGCCCGCUCCUGGCUCUAUCAGUGCCACAGGCUUGCAAGAGUGCAGCGCUCCAUCCCAGAUGAGUGCACUAGUGAAAGGGAGCAACAGGUCCAUGCAGUCAUGGAGUGGUUACCUGGUCUCAGUACCUUCUACAACUUUGGGACAAGCAUCUACUAUGCAACCCAAGACUGCACAGACCUGGCCAAGGACCGGGCACUGGAGGGUGCAGUAGACCUGGGCUAUGACGCCCUGGUAGCUAUGACAGGUGGGGCAGGUGGGGGCAUUGCGUUAGGGGUUUCUGCAGCACUCAAGCCAGGGAUGAAAGCAGGGAUGCGUUACCUGAUAGACUAUUUCAGCCAGCAGCAAGAGGAGCCUUACACCGUCCCCACCAACUACUCUGGCCCAGUUAUCAUCAUGUAGUCAUUACAAUUUAGUACUUCUAUAGCAGAAUAUUGGAAAGUAGCCUUUUUGGACCCCAGCUCCCAGACUCUCACAGCCCACAUGGCCACUGGGUGUAGGAUUCUGGGAACUGUAAUCCAAAACAGUGAAUUAUUCAAUUGCUGCUCCGUAUAACUUUAAUUGGUCUUCUUCAGAUGUGUGUUUUCCGCUCCUAAUUCCAUAUCCUAAUUGUAUUCAAAGCCUCUGGUUUUAUGCAAUCUAAUAAAAUCUGGCAGAGCCCGCAAA